AUGUUCACCAGCCUGGAUAAAGCAUCGGGUCACCUAGCAUGUGACAGUGUGAAGCGCGUGAUAGUGACUGCGCCCAGUAUUGACGUUCCCAUGAUCAUCCUGGGCGUCAAUAACAAUACGAUAUCUACAGAACAGAAGGUCCUAUCAUGUGCAUCAAGCACGCUGUACUGCCUGGCUCCCAUAGUGAAGGUCCUGGAGGAGAACUAUGGCGUCGCCGAGGGUUUUAUCACCAGCAUACAUGCUAUGACUCCCUCUCUAAAGCCGCUCGAUGGACUCUGCUUGAGAGGAAGGCAUUGGCGCGACCACAGGAGUAUUCACCAGAACAUUAUUCCAGCGAGUACUGGGGCAUGCAAAGCUCUUGGCAAGAUCAUUCCUCGAGUGAAGGAUAAACUGUCUGGACUGGCAUUUAGAGUUCCCAUCGUCAACGUUUCUGUGCUGGACUUGACUGUACGGCUAGAAUCAGACACUAACAUAGAAGAUAUUAUAAAAACAGUCGAAAAAGCGAGCCAAUCGUAUCUACAAAAUAUUAUAAAAGUAUCAAAUGAAGAAGCUGUAUCAUCAGAUUUCAGUGGCGACAGUCAUUCGUGUAUCCUCGACGCAGACUCAAGUCUAGAACUGACGCCAAACUUCUUUAAAAUCAUAUGUUGGUAUGAAAACGAGUACUCGUAUGCCUGCAGAGUAUUAGAUUCCAUAUUUUUUUCUGAACGACAAUUACCUACACCAUCGAAACUUCCUUGUAAGACGACGUACGUCCGGGCUAAAACGAAGAAACAAGAGUUACUGGAAGCCGAGAGUAACAAGAUAGAAUAUAACGCAGUAGUAUCCGAAGCACAUAAGGUAAGUGGCAGCACCUCGCAGGAGACCACUUUAAGGAGGAGGCCACUCACUCGCACGGCGCUGUUAAGGAAACCACUCGCGUCUCACAACACAGGAACACUUUCCACAACAGUCACUGCCACCCGGGACACCAAAAAGAGAAACGAGCUCUUCAAAAUUUGGAACGAUAAUAACGACGCACAGAAAACUGCUGUACGAUCGAACAGAAGCUCAUUCUUUCACAGUUGCAUGGCGUUUGCACCCAAAAAGACGGAGACGACAGAUUGUAUGAAUGCUCAAGAACGUCUGGAGAAUGUUAAGAAAGAAUUUUCUAAAAUGGCAAACAUAACUGAAGAUUUACUCAAAAAGUCCUACAGUAACAAAUUGCAGCAAGAGAAUACUGUUACUACUCUCGAGGAAGACAAAACAGAUAAUAAUGUAGGCGAAGAUCCCAAAAUUGUAGAUAACGAAACAUUUGUUCCGCCAACCAGUAACUCAAUAUACAAAGUUUGUGGAGACUUCAAGAAAAGGGUGAUGAAGAGGCAUGCAGCCGAUUGUAACAAAGAAGAAAUAAAUUGUAACAACCCUAGUGAAGGAAACGAAAACAAUUCAGAUUACAAUAUGAGUGGGAAUGUCAAAAAGGGUCUCGGUAUUAAAAGCAUGCGUUUAGCACCAUCUCAUGAAGAAACGGUGAUAAACCAGAAUUCAACCAUUAAUCUUUGUCUGUUUAUAAAUGGUCAAAACACUGAAAACCCCUCGAUAUCGUCAGACAAUGUUAAAUCUUCAAGUACUAUAAGUUUUCAAAAACAAGUGGUUAACACUGUUAAUAACUUUUUUGAAAAAUAUGGAAAUGAUUCGAAUUUGUCAAAUGCUACAGAGUAUACUGAGAAUAUCCCAGAAGUAUCUGAUGUCGAAUCUAGUCCUGCUAAAGCUUUAAUACAGGAAAAUGAAGUCCUAAUUACAGCUACAGAAGACGACGACUUGUCUCUUGAGAAUGAUACUAGUAGCACUCACUCACAAACUAGAGUCGCUCCAGAGCAUGAUUUACCAGACAAGCCAAAAUACUCUGAAUUAUACAAAUAUUUACAAAACAAAAAUUACAACAUGCAAAUUGUAGAUGAAGAACUGAAAAAACGGAAUAUUGUAUUAGAAAACAGUGAAAAAGAUAAAGAUGUCGAAUCCGGCUUGAGCGUAAAAUUUUCUAGUAUGGACAGCGAUCAGUUAGCUGUGGCGAGUAAAUUACGUAGGGGCAUGAAUUUGAACAAACAGAUAUUGGACAGUUUGAACAGAUUGGUCCCGGAACCAGUGAUUGUAAUCCCGGAGGAGACGUCAGGGUACUGUAGUCCCGAAGACACAAUGAUCACUACCAGUAGUGGGAACGGGAAAAGAAACAAGCUCGACCUCUAUGACAAGCUGGACAGCACCAGCGGCACGGACUCGAACAAUUCAUUCGAAGUUAAAGAAAGAAAAUCUCAAGUUAUCCACAUCACGGACUUAACAAACUCCUUCGAUGAUUUGGCGCGGUUGGACAAAAUAUGUAGGAUCAUUGAGAUCUCCGAUGAACUGUCAGACAAGUUGUUCUCGUCCUUGGAGCAACCAGCUCUGACAGAACCCGACCACAAGCAAUGGUCGUUCAGAGACCUGUGCGAAAGAAUACAGCUUGACGACUUCUGUAACAAAGUUUUCGGUAAAACGAGUAGUUGA